AUGGCAGGCCGAGCCAGUAAAUCCACCAUGUCCUUUGGCACAAGAUCUCAUUCUCUUUAUCAUGUUCAUCAAAAACAUGGUCCCGAAAUCGAUCCAGUUUUUUACUACAACUUUCAUUCACUUUUGGUAUCUCGAAAAGUCCAAGAAAUCAAGCCAAGAUUCACCCUUAUUACUCACACAAGCAUCACUAUUGUUCUUGUACAUGUUGACGACAUCUUAGUUGCUGGCAAUGCUCUUCCCCAAAUUGAGUUUUUCAAGAAUCUUCUAUCCACUCACUUCAAAACUAAGGAUCUUGGCUCUCUGAAGUUCUUCCUUGGCCUCGAAGUUGCACAUUCUUCUGCAGCGGCCAUUGGUGUCUGGACCACCUCUUUUCCGAUGGAACACCAUUUGAAACUUUCCAAUGAAGAUGGAUCUCUACUUCCUGAUCCUAGCAUUUAUCGUUGUCUCGUUGGUCGUCUCAUUUACUUGACCAUCACUCGACCUGAUAUUGUUUAUGCCGUCAACAUUCUUAGUCAGUUUAUGCAUGCCCCUCAUGUUCCUCAUAUGACUGCUGCUACGCGUGUUCUCCGUUACAUCAAAGGGAGCCCUGGCCAAGGCAUUUUUUUCUCCUCUUCUAGCACCACUCAGGUUACUGCUUAUACUGAUUCUGAUUGGGCCAUCUGCCCCACCACCCGACGUUCCACCACAGGCUACUUCAUCCAGCUCGGUACUAGUCCGAUCUCGUGGCGCACAAAAAAAUAG